AUGUUGAUGAAGAUGAAACAGGUGGAAAUUGAUGAAAUGAAGGUUUGUAUGAAAAAGGUGGAUAUUGCUGGUUUGGAGAUCUGUAUGAAUUGUUGGUUCUUAGUGGAAAAUUGUGAGAAUAUUGAUGAAACCUUGGUGGUGCUUGAAAGAAAGGUGGCCGAAUUUCGUAAAAAUCAUUCAUCGUUGAUGGAGAAGAUAUCAGAGAAGAUUCAUUCACAUGAUUCAUCAUCAUCGUCUUCAUCUGAUUCUGAUAAUGAAAGGGAAGUUAAACAUCAGUCAGUACCUAAAUCUUCAUCAGCAAAAGGUGUUCAUUCUGCUAUUAAUCGCCUCUUGGGAACGAAGAAACCUGUUAAUCAUGUCUUUGGUGGUGGAAAGCCUGCUGAUGUUUUCUUAUGGAGGAACAAGAAGAUUUCAGCUAGUGUUCUUGGUGGAGCUACUGUUACAUGGGUUUUAUUUGAAUUGUUGGAAUACCACUUGCUCACUUUGGUCUGCCAUUGUUCUAUAUUGACUUUGGUUGUUCUGUUCAUGUGGUGGAAUGCAUCUACCUUCAUCCAAAAUUUGAUUAAAGAAUUUGUGGUGGUGUUGAUGGUGGAGGUGCAGGUUUUGGAAGAGGAUGCGGAGGCAGUGGUGGUGAUGGAUCAGGUUUUGAGGAUAAUUUGGAUUUGGAGUUAG